ACUAAAAAUAAAAAAGUAAAAAGGACUUGAGAAACAAGUCAGUUGAGAAGAGUAUAAAGCGAAAGUAUCUGCGCUUCUCUUUCUCCUGUGUUAAGGUCUUAAAAUAAUUUGAAGCCGAGCCGAGCAGAGAAGAGUUUAGAUUAGGAUUUAGGGUUUCUGGGAAGGCACGGCUAAAGGCAAAUAAAAAACAAAUGGAUCUGAAUAUGAACUUGGACGGCCCUCACUCCAUGGGCACAACCAUCAUCGGAGUCACAUUCAACGGAGGCGUCGUCCUAGGCGCCGACUCUCGCACCAGUACUGGGAUGUAUGUAGCUAACCGGGCAUCUGACAAAAUUACACAGCUCACUGAUAACGUCUACGUUUGCCGCUCUGGAUCCGCUGCUGAUUCACAGAUUGUUUCCGAUUAUGUCCGCUAUUUCCUUCACCAACAUACGAUACAACUUGGACAACCUGCAACUGUCAAAGUUGCUGCAAACCUUAUCAGGCUUCUAUCCUACAAUAACAAGAACAUGCUUGAGACUGGCCUUAUUGUUGGCGGGUGGGAUAAGUAUGAAGGUGGUAAAAUUUAUGGAAUUCCUCUUGGUGGAACUCUGGUUGAGCAGCCUUUUGCUAUUGGAGGAUCUGGCUCCAGUUACCUAUAUGGGUUUUUUGAUCAGGCAUGGAAGGAAGGAAUGACAAAGGAUGAAGCUGAGCAAUUAGUGGUUAAGGCAGUUUCCCUUGCUAUUGCUCGCGAUGGUGCUAGUGGUGGUGUUGUUCGCACUGUCAUUAUCAACUCUGAAGGAGUGACAAGGAACUUCUACCCUGGUGACAAACUUCCACUAUGGCAUGAGGAAUUGGAGCCACAGAAUUCAUUAUUGGAUAUACUGAACGCUACUAGUCCUGAGCCCAUGAAUAUUUAAUCAAGGGGACUUACCUUUUAGGUGGCUUUAAGCUGCACUAGGCUUGUUCUCACUUAAGACUUUUUUAAAAAAAAAUUUCUUUUAAAGCAGAUUUUUUUGUUUAGUUGAGUUAAAAGCAACGAUGCAUCUGUGGCUUGAGUGGAAUUCAGUUUUAUUGAAAUGGCACUAAAACCAUAUUUGUUCAUGA